GUAAAGCAAAUCAAAUCGCAUUUAAUGUACCAAAAUACUUGACAACAAAUAUUUUUAGUGCUUGUUUUUGUUAUUUUAACAUUAAUUAGAGUUGUAAUCAAAAAAUGUCUUUUGGUUUAUUGCCAGUCCUUUUGAUCAUUAUUUAUAUCUUAUACAUCACUGGAGCUGAAGUACGAGGGCCUGUGCGGACACAACCCGAACAAAUUCACCUCUCAUAUGGAGCCGAUUCGACACAAAUGAUGGUCACGUGGACCACAUUCAACGCCACCAAUACAUCAACUGUUGAGUUUGGGAAGAAUUCUUUGGAUCAGACUCUCACUGGACUGAGCGCUUCAUUUAUCGAUGGCGGUAAUGAAAGCCGACAAAUAUUUAUUCAUAGAGUUAUGUUAACACAACUUACACCCGGAGACCAAUACAUCUAUCACUGCGGAAGCACUGAUGGCUGGAGUCCUCUAUUUAAGUUCAACGCCACGAAGAAUGGCAGCGAUUGGAGUCCAAGAAUCGCUGUUUUCGGUGAUUUGGGAAAUGAAAACUCGCAGUCGAUUCCCAGAUUGCAAGAAGAUGUACAGCGAGGGCUAUACGACAGCAUCUUUCAUAUCGGUGAUUUUGCAUAUGAUAUGGAUUCUGAUAACGCGAGAGUUGGCGACGAAUUUAUGAGACAAAUUGAGUCGAUAGCGGCGUAUGUGCCAUAUCAGGUGUGCCCCGGAAAUCAUGAAUAUAAAUACAAUUUUUCCAAUUAUGACAACCGAUUCUCAAUGGUUAACAGUGGAAGUGGUUUAAUGAAUAACCACUACUAUAGCUUCAAUAUAGGACCCGCACAUGUCAUCGCAUUCUCUACGGAAUACUACUAUUUUCUUCAAUACGGAUGGAAACAAUUAGUCCGACAGUACUAUUGGCUCAUCAAUGACUUACAAGAGGCUAAUAAACCUAAGAACAGAGCGUUGAGGCCAUGGAUUAUCACAUUAGGCCACCGACCCAUGAAAGGACUGCCAAUUGUGCGGACACUUGGAUUAGAGGAUGUGUUUUAUGAAUAUGGAGUAGACGUGGAGUUAUGGGCACACGAACACGUCUACGAGAGAAUGUGGCCCUUAUAUAACCGCACCGUUUAUAACGCCAGUCUAUCUCAACCAUACACUAACCCCUCAGCGCCCGUCCAUAUAAUCACCGGAUCCGCUGGAUGUAAGGAAAGACACGACCCGUUCGUACCCAACCCUCCGCCGUGGAGUGCCGUUCGUAACUCAGAUUACGGUUACACAAGACUUCAUAUAUUAAACGCUUCACAUCUAUCACUGGAACAGAUAUCUGACGAUCAGAAUGGAAAAAUUGUGGACAAAAUAAUGUUAAUUCAAGAAUCACACGGAAAGAGAAAACCCAUUCCAUAGCUAUUAUGAACAACAUAUCGAUUGCAACUUCUUUUCACAUCUAUUUAUAAAAUACUAUUCUAUAAAUAAAAUUAUGAAUUAAUAGUUUAUAUCGUAUAAUACAGUACAAUAACACAAUAAUUAUGAAAUGAGCUAAACAUUUCCAAUACAAU